AUGACUGACGGUCUGAAGAUAAUCCUCGAAUUCAGUGCUGGAGCUGAGCUGCUUUUCGAUAAUAUCAAAAAACGUGAAAUCACUCUGCCCUCAACAGAAAAAUGGACUAUACGUAGUUUAUUGAAAUGGAUGAAAGAAAAUAUUUUGCGUGAAAGACCAGAAUUAUUUAUUCAAGGGGAUACUGUACGACCAGGAAUUUUGGUAUUAAUAAACGAUACCGAUUGGGAAUUACUGGGUGAAUUGGACUAUGAAUUGCAGCAAAAAGAUAAUGUUUUAUUCAUUUCUACAUUACAUGGAGGAUAAUCGGACUAAACA